CAGAGAGUGGAUGGAGUAAGGGGCAGAGCAAUGCAAGUGCCUGGACAGAUACAAAAAGAGUGGAGAGGGCUGGGAUAUAUGCAUGUUUACAGUCUGGAGCUACCAGAUUGACUGAUUCCUCCUGCAGGGAGUCCUGACCUGAGGAGUGUCGGGAUCUACUGAAAAACUUUUAUUGCAGAAGGAGGAAUUGUCGGUUUAAAUAACGGGGCUUGCACUGCAUUGUGGGAGCAUUUCUACCAGUUCUUCUCUCUAAACACUGCAGUUGUCGCCUCUCGUCAGAAUGAGGUCUUUGGCCUUCGGCCUCUUCUGCCUGCUGUGCUGUAACGCAGUUCGACUGGACAGGCGCCGUCCCAGACCCAUUGCAGCCAGAGGGCGAAAUGAGACAACUGUCCAAACCAAAGCAGUGGAGAACCCUUGCAAAGCCGUCCCACUGGAUUUUGUCUUUGUCAUCGACAGCUCUCGAAGCAUCCGCCCUCACGACUACGAGAAGGUCAAGACCUUCAUCAUCAACCUGCUUCAGUUCCUGAAGAUCGGCCCUGAUGACACUCGGGUUGGUCUGCUCCAGUAUGGCAGUGAGAUCCAUCCAGAGUUCUCCCUCAACACCUAUACCACCAAGGCUGAGGUGGAGCAGGCAGUGAGGAACAUGAAGCACCUCGCCACAGGAACAAUGACAGGUUUAGCCAUCCAGUACACCAUGGAGACAUCCUUCACUGAGGAAGAUGGAGCACGACCAGCAAAUCUGCAGAUCCCAAGGAUUGCUAUGAUUGUGACUGAUGGGCGGCCUCAGGACACGGUGGAGGAGAUCGCAGCUCAGGCGAGGCAGGCCGGCAUCCAGAUCUUUGCUAUCGGAGUGGGAAGGGUGGACAUGGACACUCUGAAGACCAUAGGGAGUGAGCCACACUCUGAGCAUGUGCACCUGGUGGCCAACUUCAGCCAGAUAGAAACCCUCAUCUCUGUGUUCCAGUCCAAACUGUGUGGAGCUACAGAGAUGUGUGAGGUGGUGGACCAUCAGUGCCAGCACAUCUGCGUGAGCAGUCCUGCUUCAUACAGGUGCAAAUGCAGAAAAGGAUUCAUCCUCAACCCUGAUGGCAAGACAUGUAAAGCUGAGGACAUGUGUGCUGUGGUGGAUCAUGGCUGUGAACACAUCUGUGCAAACCUACCUGACAGCUACGAGUGCCGCUGCCGUCCAGGAUAUCAACUCAACAUAGACCUGAAGAAAUGCAAUUUAAUAGACUACUGUGACCUGGGGAACCAUGGCUGUGAGCACAACUGUGUCAGCGUUCCAGAGUCCUACAUCUGCAGGUGUAAGAAGGGCUACAUGCUCAAUCUGGAUGGAAAAACCUGCAGCAAGAUCGAUCACUGUGCUGAUGGCACCCACGGGUGUGAACAGGAGUUUGAGAACACAGACCACUCCUGUGUGUGUAAAUGCAGGAAAGGCUUCACACUCAGGUCUGAUAGGAAAACAUGCAAGAAGAUCGAUCACUGUGCUGAUGGCACCCACGGGUGUGAACAGGAGUUUAUGAACACGGAGGACUCCUGUGUGUGUAAAUGCAGGAAAGGUUUCACACUCAGGCCUGAUGGGAAAACAUGCAAGAAGAUCGAUCACUGUGCUGAUGGCACCCACGGGUGUGAACAGGAGUUCAUGAACACGGAGGACUCCUGUGUGUGUAAAUGCAGGAAAGGCUUCACACUCAGGCCUGAUGGGAAAACAUGCAAGAGGAUCGACCAUUGUGCUGAUGGGAAACACGGCUGUGAACAGGAGUUCAUGAACACAGAAGAUUCAUGUGUGUGUAAAUGCAGAGAUGGAUUCACACUCCGACCUGAUGGAAAAACAUGUCAAAGUGUGGAUGUGUGUCAGACAGUGGAUCAUGGCUGUGAACAUCAGUGUGUCAGCACUAAUGACUCCUACAUCUGCAGAUGUUUUGAAGGAUUUAUGUUGGCUGAAGAUGGGAAAAGCUGCAAAAAGCCAGAGUGUGGUGAUGGAGUCAUGGAUCUGGUUUUUGUAAUCGAUGGCUCUAAGAGUCUGGGUCCUGCCAACUUUGAGCUGGUCAAACAGUUUGUAAACGGCAUUGUGGACUCGCUGGACAUUUCCAGGACAGGCACACAUGUUGGUCUUAUUCAGUACUCCACCAAGGUGCGCACUGAGUUCACCCUGGGCAAGUACACCACAGCAGAGGACGUCAAACAGGCUGUGUCUCGCAUGCAGUACAUGGGGAGAGGCUCCAUGACCGGCUCAGCCAUACGUCACAUGUUCGAGUUCAGCUUUUCAGCUAAAGAAGGAGCCAGGCUGAACAUCCCACGUGUCAGCAUUGUGUUCACUGAUGGAAGAUCACAGGACGAUGUGUCUGAAUGGGCUAAUAAAGCAAAGAACUCUGGAGUCACAAUAUAUGCUUUGGGUGUCGGCAAAGCCAUUGAACAGGAGCUGAGAGAAAUAGCUUCAGAGCCUGAUGAGAAGCACCUCUAUUACGCUGAAGAUUUUGAGAACAUGGGGGAAAUUACAAAGAAGCUCAAGUCCAGGAUAUGUAAAGACAAACCAUCUGAUGAAAACAUGUGCGAGUGUGAGAAUGUGAUUACGUUUCAAAACCAGGUCACAGAGAAGCUAAAGACCCUGGUGCAGAAUAUUGAAGCCAUGUCAAAGAAGCUGGAGAUACUCGAGACUCAACUUGUACUCAAAUGAAAGGCUGAGAUACCCCUGCCCGGCUCACAACCUGCAGUGUAGCAUUCACAGGACCUCUUUAAUCCUGCUCUACUUGCUACACUGAAACAUAUGCAAAUGCAAUGCUUUCUACUGAAGCUAUUUAUAUACUUUUGUAUACAACACAGUGUAUUUUUGUCUGUAAUGUUUUAUAUGUAAUGCCAAAAAUUAU